AUGCCUAUAAUCUUUUUAUUUUCUAAGGCAGUUGAUGGGGCAUUGUCCCGGCCAACUGAAGAGUUGUGUGAACAUGAUGGUUGGUCCUCAGCUGAGCAGAGUGAGGAAGACCAGAAGCCCAAGAAGUUCAAUAAGCAAGGGCAUUCAGAUGCCCAGCCAUGGGAGCCGGCUGUGAAAGAUAUUGUAAUGGACUCAGAUUCUGAUUCUUCUAAGGAUUUGGAAACUCCAGAAUCCCCUGGAAUUCCAGAAGCAGCCAAUGUUGACAAUUCUGGAAUAGAGAAAGAAGAGAGACUUGUAGAAUGGUGUACUGACUGUGAAGCAGAGUCUGUACUCACCUGCACCACUCAGCGACAUAGGAAGCUGUAUGCCUGUGGUGUGUGUGUAAGCCAGAUUGAAGGGAUGGUUGGAUUUGACCAAUUCUACAUGCGGUUUGAUGACCUCACCAGCUUUGAGGCACAUGUUCAACGAGAACACAGUGCAAAACCUCAUAGGUUGCUCUGUACAGAGUGUGGCAUUCAUCCUUGCAAGAAGGACCAUUCUUGUGAGCACAAUAUCAAGAAAUUCCGCUUUUCAGACUGUGGUAAGCGCUGUAGAACUGAAUUGGGAUUGAAGAUCCACACAAGCCUCCAACACCAUGCCCAUGUUUAUCCCUGUAAGUACUGUUUCAAGCCCUUCCAUACUAGGCCAAAUAAACUGACCCAUGAAAAGAGCCAUCAAAAAGGUCCAUACCGGUGUUUAGAAUGCUCAGAAAGAUUUGAUGAUAUAAUUGAAAGACAACAUCACGUGCAAACCCAUGGCAACCUGAAUAGAAACAUCUGUCACACUUGUUACAAAGCAUGUUCUAACAACAACCGCCUGGAGAGGCACAUGCUUAUUCACACUGGGCAGAAGCUCCACACGUGUCAGGUUUGUCAAAAGUCCUUCAACCAGAAGAGCCACCUCAAGUCCCACAUGCGCCUCCACAGUGGGCAGAAGCCCUUCAGGUGCCGGAUGUGUGAGAAACGCUUCAACCACAACGUCAGUCUGAAAAACCACAUCCGACGCCAUCAUGUUCCCAGCUCUCAGGACAAGGGGGACACAGAGAUGGAUGUGGAGAAAGAGGGAUGUCUGUAGUCGUAAGGAACAGGGGAAGGAUAAUGAGCCAAACCCUGGGACUGGGCUGGAGAGGGAAGGAACUUGGGAAGAGUCAGAGCAGGAAAGUUUAAUGAGUACUAACUUUGUGUUGCUGCUGGGUUUUCUAACAAUUGUUGUCUAUUUAAGUUUAAUAUUUGGAUGCCCUGUUCUCAUAGCUGAAAUACCAUUUUAAAAGUUUUAUAUUACAGGAUUUUUGUAUUUGCUGUCAUGAUGAUUAUUAUUCAAAUUGAAUUGAAAAAAUAU